AGAAGGUACAAGUCAGAAGAUCACUUGCAGAGGUCUGACACACACUGAAUCUGUAGGAUGGCUCCUGCUGCUUUACUCAUCGGCUGUCUGCUUGCCACAAUCAGCUGCUUAACCACAGGUCAAACUACCACAUCAAUUAAUGCUGUUCCUGCAUCACCUAAUGCAACUGACAUGUCGGACAAUGCAACUAAUGUAUUGCCUGACGCAACUAGUGCAACUACCAUUUUGCCCAACGGGGGUAACACAUCACCUAGCACCACCAUGGCACCCAACUCAACCAACACGGUGCCCAGUGUAACCAACACGCCGCCCAACAUGCCGCCAAAUGCAACCAACAUGGCAACCAACACAGACACCAUGGCGCCAACGCAACAACGCAACAAUGCAACCAACACACCACCAAAUGCAACCAACACACCACCAAAUGCAACCAACACGCCGCCCAACGCAACCAACACACCACCAAAUGCAACCAACACACCACCAAAUGCAACCAACACGCCACCAAAUGCAACCAACACGCCGCCCAACGCAACCAACACGGCGCCAAAUGCAACUAGCGCAUUACCUAAUGCGACUACAACAAAUGCAACAACUCCUCAGGCUUCAUUGUAUGGAAGUUGUGCGAGUCCAGAUCUGUGCUGCUCUGGAGUGAAUAGCAGCUGUCGUCGCAAAAAUUGUUAUUGUGAUGUUGCUUGUCUGAGAUUACGUGACUGCUGCCCUGAUUUUAAACCCACCUGCCUCACAGUGAAAAACAGCACAAACAGCAGCAACACUUUGCCACUAACAGGAACAUGUUCAGAUCCGACUAUGUGCUGCAGUGGCACAAACUACAACUGUUUCAGAGGAUGUUUCUGUGAUGAGUCCUGCAAAAUGCUCAACGACUGCUGUCCCGACCUCAACAGAACCUGCAAUUUCAUCCCUACUACACCUCCACCCUUCAACUCCUCUACAACUCCACCCAUCAACUCCACUACACCUCCACCCUUCACCUCCACUAAAGCUCCACCCUUCAACUCCACUACAGCUCCGACCUUCAACUCCACUACAGCUCCACCCUUCACCUCCACUAAAGCUCCACCCAAAGAUGUUCUGACGAUCCUCACUAAUCUGGAGGUGGAGGUUUUGGCCGAGGAGUCGUCCACUGAAGAAGAGCGUCGAGCUGCACUGCUUCAGGUCGCCACUUUUGUGGAGAAUUACUUAAGAGGGAAUUAUAAUGACAUCAGCUCUUUUGAGGUCACAAGAAUUGAGUCACUAUCACCGUGUGAUUGAGACAGAAAUCAGCCAAGAGGAACAGAUGUGUAUUAACUCUCAUCGCUACUAAUUUGUACUAUUUUAAUAUGAGAUCUGGUUAUUUAUGGUCAUGGUUCAACAAAAACACUGCAAUUACUGAUACAUACAAUGCUUAUAUAUUUAAUUGAAACGUUUGAUUUUUAAACUUUAAUAAUUGAUGCAAACUAUGAGAUUUGAGUUUGUUUUUUGGGUGGAGAUUCUUGUCUAUGCUGAAUAUU